AUGGCGGACUUGAAGAAAAAAGUGAGCUUGGCAGAGUUGCGCAAGAGCGAGGAUGUGAAGCCCAUGAUGAAGACACCGAUACAUUAUCCGUUUUGGUUUGGUGGCAGUGCAGCCUGUUUUGCGACACUCUUUACACAUCCGCUGGAUCUUGACCGCAUGACGACAGCCAACUCGAAACCUUCGUUCUUCACACUUGUGGGCAUGGCUUCAGUAUCUGGUUUACUCGGAGGUAUCGCGGGCAACCCAGGCGACAUCCUCAACGUACGGAUGCAACACGACGCCGCGCUACCCAAGGACAAGCGAAGAGGCUAUAAGAACGCAGUAGACGGCAUAAUACGCAUGUCGCGGGAGGAAGGUGUAGCCAGCUUGUGGAAAGGCGUCUGGCCCAAUUCCUCAAGAGCAGUGCUCAUGACCGUAGGACAAUUAGCCACAUACGACGGCUUCAAGCGUGUGCUACUAAACUACACACCCUUGAAAGAUAAUCUCUCUACCCACUUUACCGCAUCCUUCCUCGCGGGCUUCGUAGCCACGACAAUCUGCUCGCCCGUCGACGUGAUCAAGACCAAAGUCAUGAGCUCUAGCGAGAGUGUCGGCCUAAUGAAGAUCAUCACGGAUACCACGCGGGCCGAAGGUUUACGCUGGAUGUUCAAGGGCUGGGUCCCGAGUUUCAUCCGCGUCGGACCACACACUGUCCUUACGUUUUUGUUUUUGGAGCAGCAUAAGAAGGUGUACCGGAAGUUCAAGAGGUUAGACUAG